AUGACACCAGGCGAGCCGGCGGAGCACCGCCAUGAAUUCCACCACCACCACAACGGCCGCGAAGUGGAAGACGAUGCUGUGGUCGCUCCAUCAUCACCGCACUGUCGUGGACUGAUGCCCAGUACUCGCGACCUGCAUGAGCAGGACACAGACAAGAAGCCGAGCCCCGCGCAUGCAACUGCUCAACUUACACACGCAUCACAGCAGCAGCAACAUCAAUGGCUGCAGCAGCAACAACAGCAUGAACCAGUACAACAGCAGCAGGAGGAUGAGAUGCAGAAGGGUGGUGGUAGAGGCGGCAGGCUGCGUGGCUCAAACACCCCCUCGUUGGUGUUCCCUCCAAACUGCACACGCAAGGAAGCUGUCCCAAGCAAGGCCAGGAAGCAACCACGUGUCAGCAGACCCGCAAAGUCAAACAAGCCAACCGCAAUUCGCAGGGAGGACCCAGCCAUACGCCAGCUGAUCCUCAAAUGCCGAGAACGAGAACGCCAGAAGCAGCAGCAACAGGAACCACAACGGGCUCAACAGCAACGCGCAGGCAAGCACCGGGCAACGCGUGAGGCAACGGUGAAUCGCCAACAACACCCUGCAAAGAGAAAGCAGCAAGUCAUGCGCAGCGGAGGGUCGUACUCAACGACAAAGGAUGCAAGAGGAAAGCAGGAACAGCGGUACCAACAAGGCGCCGCGCUCACACGCACGCUCACAGGGUUACCGUGUCACUCCUCCACCACUGGCGGCUGGUUCACAUGCACGCCGCUGCUUGUGACGUCAAUCUCGCGACCGCACAUGGCGCAGACACGGCGAGGGGGCGGCAUGGCAAGGAAACUUGGUGAGCUCAGCAGUGGGGAUGACGACAGUUGCGCAAGACACGAGCUCUGCUCGUGCCAAGGGACAGCAAGAUGUUACCAGACAGCAUGA